AUGGACCUAUUACAUAUAUAUAUUCUCUCGCAUGUUCCCAAAAUUGGUGACUGGGACAAUCAUAAUCUACCUUAUACAACCUACUUUGAAAAUGCUCGCAAAGAAAAUGGUGCCAUAAGAAUGAACAUAAAUGACUCUGAGGAGAAUCUAGAAGCCUUCAUGUAUAUGAGGGGAGGCCACCUGGAAAGCAAUUGUGAUUUCGAGCCAGUUCGGGUUCCCCUUGCUGCCGACUCUAAUAAGUCCAUUUUGGCAGAUAAAAACCAACCUGACGGACAGAGCGGGCAGAAUGCUACAAACAGAAAUGGUUCUUAUGAUCAUCAAAUGAGUGCAAGAAGCCACAGGAGGAUGGCAUCAGAAUCUGGCAGUGAAAAGAGCAACUCUGAUUAUUCACAUCUGCAGUCAAAUUAUCGAGGUGCAAACUCUAGCCAAAAGAAAGGUCCGGCCAGCGGAAGUAGCUUCUCUUCAUCUGUCCCGAUCCAAUCACAAAGAAGUUCAAGCAAUCAAUUUGAUGGUAAUAAACAUCAAAGAACAACUUCGAUACCAAAAUUUGGGGAAUGGGAUGAAAAUGACCCCACGUCAGGUGAAGGUUUUACUGUUAUAUUUAACAAAGUAAAACAGGAGAAGCAAGCUCCGUUUUCCAACUUUCUAAUAGCGCCUCCACAACCGAGCAAUUACUCAGAUUGUCAUCAGAAUAAACGUCAAAGUCCUUCCCGGUGCUCAAAGAUAUGUUGCUGUUUAUUUUCACGUGGAAGUUGUUGGGAAUAUUGA